AUGGAACCACACCCCACUUUACGCCGGCACACCACCUUGAGGGAGAAGGGGCGCCGCCAGGCCAUCCGGGGCCCUGCCUACAUGUUUAACGAGAAGGGCACCAGCCUGACCCCUGAGGAGGAGCGCUUCCUGGACUCGGCUGAGUAUGGCAACAUACCAGUGGUCAGGAAAAUGCUGGAGGAGUCCAAGACCCUCAAUUUCAACUGCGUGGACUACAUGGGGCAGAACGCACUGCAGCUGGCCGUGGGCAACGAGCACCUGGAGGUCACCGAACUGCUGCUGAAGAAGGAGAACUUGGCGCGGGUGGGCGACGCGCUGCUGCUGGCCAUCAGCAAGGGCUACGUGCGCAUUGUGGAGGCCAUCCUCAGCCAUCCGGCCUUCGCGCAGGGCCAGCGCCUAACGCUCAGCCCGCUGGAGCAGGAGCUGCGGGAUGAUGACUUCUAUGCCUAUGACGAGGACGGCACACGCUUCUCCCACGACAUCACACCCAUCAUCCUGGCGGCCCACUGCCAGGAGUACGAGAUUGUGCACAUCCUGCUGCUCAAGGGGGCGCGCAUUGAGCGGCCCCAUGACUACUUCUGCAAGUGCAAUGAGUGCACCGAGAAGCAGCGCAAGGACUCCUUCAGCCACUCGCGUUCGCGGAUGAAUGCCUACAAAGGACUGGCCAGUGCCGCCUACCUGUCCCUAUCCAGUGAAGACCCUGUCCUCACUGCGCUGGAGCUAAGCAAUGAGUUAGCCAGACUGGCCAACAUUGAGACUGAAUUUAAGAAUGAUUACAGGAAGUUAUCUAUGCAAUGCAAGGAUUUUGUGGUGGGCGUGCUGGACCUGUGCCGAGACACAGAAGAGGUGGAAGCAAUUUUAAAUGGCGAUGUGAACUUGCAAGUAUGGUCUGACCACCACCGUCCGAGUCUGAGCCGGAUCAAACUCGCCAUUAAAUACGAAGUCAAGAAGUUCGUUGCUCACCCUAACUGUCAACAGCAAUUGCUUACCAUGUGGUAUGAAAAUCUCUCAGGCUUACGGCAACAGUCUAUCGCUGUGAAAUUCCUGGCUGUCUUUGGAGUCUCCAUAGGCCUCCCUUUUCUCGCCAUAGCCUAUUGGAUUGCUCCGUGCAGCAAGCUAGGACAAACCCUGAGGAGCCCUUUCAUGAAGUUUGUGGCCCACGCGGUGUCUUUUACCAUCUUCUUGGGACUGCUGGUUGUGAAUGCCUCCGACCGGUUUGAGGGCGUUAAGACCCUGCCCAAUGAGACCUUCACAGACUACCCCAAACAGAUCUUCAGAGUGAAAACCACGCAGUUCUCCUGGACGGAGAUGCUCAUCAUGAAGUGGGUGUUAGGAAUGAUCUGGUCUGAAUGCAAGGAGAUCUGGGAGGAGGGGCCGCGGGAGUACGUGCUGCACCUGUGGAACCUACUGGACUUCGGCAUGUUGUCCAUCUUUGUGGCCUCCUUCACCGCGAGGUUCAUGGCCUUCCUCAAGGCCAGUGAGGCCCAGCUGUAUGUGGACCAGAACGUGCAGGAUGUAACGCUGCACAACGUCUCACUUCCGCCGGAAGUGGCAUACUUCACCUACGCCAGGGACAAGUGGUGGCCUUCAGACCCCCAGAUCAUCUCAGAAGGGCUGUACGCCAUUGCGGUGGUCCUCAGCUUCUCCAGGAUCGCCUACAUCCUGCCAGCCAAUGAGAGCUUCGGGCCCUUGCAGAUCUCCCUGGGAAGAACUGUGAAAGACAUCUUCAAGUUCAUGGUCAUUUUUAUCAUGGUAUUUGUGGCCUUCAUGAUCGGAAUGUUCAACCUGUACUCCUACUACCGAGGUGCGAAGUACAACCCAGCGUUUACAACAGUUGAAGAAAGCUUUAAAACCUUGUUUUGGUCCAUAUUUGGCUUGUCUGAGGUCAUCUCGGUGGUGCUGAAAUACGACCACAAGUUCAUCGAGAACAUCGGCUACGUGCUGUACGGGGUUUAUAAUGUCACCAUGGUGGUCGUGCUGCUGAACAUGCUGAUAGCCAUGAUCAAUAACUCCUAUCAGGAAAUUGAGGAAGACGCGGACGUGGAGUGGAAAUUUGCCCGAGCAAAGCUCUGGCUUUCUUACUUUGAUGAAGGAAGAACUCUCCCUGCUCCCUUUAACCUGGUGCCGAGUCCCAAAUCCUUUUAUUAUCUCAUAAUGAGAAUCAAGAUGUGCCUCAUAAAGCUCUGCCGACCUAAGGCCAAACGCUGUGAAAACGACCUGGAAAUGGGCAUGCUGAACUCCAAAUUCAGGGUAGGUAGGAGCUCCAGAUUCAAGCAUUCCGUCUUUGAGAACCACUCUAACCGUACCUUUAGCAAGCCCACCAGAUACCAGAAGAUCAUGAAGCGGCUCAUAAAGAGAUACGUGCUGAAGGCCCAGGUGGACAGAGAGAACGACGAAGUCAACGAAGGUGAACUCAAGGAGAUCAAGCAGGACAUCUCUAGCCUUCGCUAUGAGCUCCUGGAGGAGAAGUCUCAAGCCACAGGAGAGCUGGCGGACCUGAUCCAACAGCUCAGCGAGAAGUUUGGGAAGAAUCUGAACAGAGACCAUCUGAGGGUGAACAAGGGCAAGGACAUUUAGCAGCCUGAAGGCGUGGGUGACUGACUUUUAACAGCAUUCCAAAGCCGGACGGAUGUCCCAGUCUCAGCCCUGUUGAGGAGGGGGUUCCGUUCUCACUCCCCUGGGGCUCAGUCCUGGGCACUGACUGAUAUCUAUAGCCCAGGAACCGCCUGGAUCCAGGAUCAUGAAACUAGGCUGUUGGGAGAGACAAGCCUCCCCAGGGAGGGAAGAAGUGCCAUCAGACACACAGGAGACCUCCUGUCAGCCUCCGCGGCCAAAGCAGGAGGAGACCAUCUU